AUGAACGUGUUUAGAAUCGCAGGUGAUAUCUCCCACCUUGCCUCGAUCUUCAUCUUGAUCCACCAGAUCACAAUUACCAAGUCUGUCCAAGGUAUCUCCUUCAAGACCCAACUCUUGUACUCCAUCGUGUUCAUCACCAGAUACUUGGAUGUAACUUUCAGAUGGGUCUCUCUUUAUAUCUUCGCCAUGAAGCUGUUCUUCAUCGCGUCCUCUUUGUACAUCAUCUUCCUCAUGCGUAACAGGUUCCGUACCUCUGAGGUUACAAAGCUUGACACAUUUCCAAUUGUCUACCUACUAGCUGGAUCAGGGGUGUUGGCAUUGAUCUUCACGUAUGACUACUCGAUAACCGAAGUGCUUUGGGCCUUCUCCCUCUUUUUGGAAUCUGUGGCUAUCUUGCCUCAGUUGUUCAUGUUACAGCGCACAGGACAGGCUAAAACAUUAACAACACACUACAUCUUUGCCCUAGGUUUGUACAGAGCCCUAUAUAUUCCAAACUGGUUCUACAGAUACUUUGCAGAGGGCAGAUUCGACACUCUGGCUGUCUUCACGGGGAUCGUUCAAACUUUGAUCUACUCAGACUUCUUCUGGGUUUACUACAACAGGGUUAUGAAGGGAUUGAACUUUGAGCUCCCAGUUUAA